AUGUACGCGCCUUCCUCCAGCCCCAACACAAGCUUGGACGCCCUGUUUCAGUGGUUGGAAGAGAGUGCCCAUCCAACAUCUCUGCAGGAGACCACUGGCCUCAUCUGCAUGUACGUCGCUUCCGCAUCUUUCGCCAUAGCCGACAACAUCAUCGUUCUCGUCAUCCUUGGCCAGACCUUGGGCCGCCGGUCCCAGAUAUUCGUUUACCAGAUGAACCUUGCCCUGGCAGACCUACUGAUUUCCGUGUUCUGCGUACCCUUCACCUUCGCUCAGGCCCACGUGGGGUACUGGGCGUUCGGGAGCAUCACCUGCCCCCUCAUCCUCUUCUUACAGCUGUGUUUUGUAAACGUCAGUGCCUACACAAACGUAGCCAUAGGUAUGGACAGGUUCUUUGGGGUUAUUUUCCCCCUCAAGUGGAAGCCCACAGUGAACCAGCGGAAGGUGAUUGUGUUUCUGGUGUGGUCCUUCUCCGCCAUGAUCGCCUUCCCGGAGGUCGUUGUAGGUCGGAGCAAAGAGCAGGACCUGGGAAAUGGCACCCAGCCGCUGUGUAACGAGUACUGGCGGACCCCGAGACAGAAGGAGAUGUACACCCUGGCUGUGGUCCUCCUCACCCUCAUCCUGCCCCUCACAACGCUCGUCAUCACCUACUCGUGCGUGGUGUACAGGCUGUGGAUCCGGGAGACGCCGGGCAACGCCGACAUCAGGAGGGACAGGAGGCGGUUGUCCUCGAAGAAGAAGGUGACCCGGAUGUUGAUCAUCGUGGUUGUCAUGUUCGCCGUGUGCUGGCUGCCACUUCAUCUGUUCAACCUCCUCGUCGACUUUUACCCCGACCUCCUCCAUUCCGCCCCCGAACACGUUGUUCAAACGGUGUUUUUUUCCUUCCACUGGGUCGCCAUGUCACACGCCUUUAUCAACCCUGUCAUCUACCUCACGGCAGACGCUGACUUCAGACUCCUCUGUACAACCCCUGUUGAAUCCCUUCCAUCCAGCUCCCCUGUACAACCCCUGUUGAAUCCCUUCCAUCCAGCUCCCCUGUACAACCCCUAUUGA